CACAUUGCUCUCCAAUCACACCCACAAAGAAACAAAAUGUACCUUCGAUCCUUUAACACUCAUGGUUGUUCAGAGACUUCAUCAAGAAGCUUAUCCCACUGACUUCCUGAGAGCCUGAAGAGACUGUGUGUGUGAUAUCGAAGAAUUAUGCUAUGGAGGCCCUCAACGCUGCUACCUUGACCCCUUUAUCUGUGCUCUGCGAUAGAAGGAAAAAACCCCUAAAAUUCUCGCCACCGCCAAGAAUUUCCGCUAGCAUAGUGUCAGAUUCUGCCAGUUUCCCCUCCAAGAAACCAUCUCUGAAAGAGUAUUUACCUUCGGGUUUGCGUGGGGGCCUUCUUCUUGCAGCUUCAGUCAUCAAUGGAGGAAUUGCUAAAGCUCUAACAUAUGAGGAGGCAUUGCAGCAAUCUGCGGGAAGCCCUAGUUCUGGGGACCUUGAUGUAAAUGGGGUUAUAGAUAGCGUCAUAAGCUUUGGAACAGAGAACGCUGUGAUUAUAGCUGGAGGGUUAGCUAUUUUGGGGGUGCCUCUUGUUUUGUCUCAGGUUCUGAACAAGCCUAAGCCAUGGGGUGUUGAGUCAGCUAAAAAUGCAUACGCCAAGCUUGGUACUGAUGGGGAUGCUCAGCUGCUUGAUAUAAGAGCAUUAACAGAAUUUAGGCAAGUGGGUACCCCUGAUGUUAGGGGUUUGAAGAAGAAGUCGGUGUCAAUCACUUACAGAGCUGAUGAUAAACCUGGGUUUUUGAAGAAGCUGGCUUUGAAGUUUAAGGAACCAGAAAAUACUACAUUGUUCAUUCUGGACAAAUUUGAUGGGAACUCCGAAUUGGUUGCAGAGUUGGUCACAGUCAAUGGAUUCAAAGCUGCUUAUGCAAUUAAGGAUGGUGCAGAAGGACCACGGGGAUGGAUGAAAAGUGGUCUUCCCUGGACACCACCAAGGAAAGCAUUGAGUUUGGAUCUUAGCAAUUUUACAGAGUCUAUCACUGGUGCAAUAGGAGAGACCUCUGAUGGCUUGGCUCUUACUCUUGGGAUUGCUGCAGCUACUGGAUUGGGGCUGUUAGCUUUUACAGAGAUAGAAACAAUUCUCCAACUUGUAGGUUCUGCUGCAAUUGUUCAGUUUGCAACCAAGAAGCUUCUAUUUGCUGAGGAUCGAAAGAGAACCCUGAAACAAGUUGAUGAGUUCUUGAAUACAAAGAUUGCCCCAAAGGAGCUUGUAGAUGAGAUAACGCAAAUUGGAAAGGCUCUUCUCCCAACCUCCACAGAUAGUAAGGCUCUUCCUGCACCAACAGAGGCAACGCCGGAACCAGCACCUGCUUCUAGCACUGUGCAGAAAGCAGAAGCCUCUCCUGAUACAGUCUCUGAGUCCAAAGUAGAUGCAGCAGCAGAGCCUGUUCCUGAAGUAAAUUCAGUACCCAAACCUGAAGUUAAGGCAGAAUCAGUUCCUGGGAUCCAAAGACCACUUUCACCAUACCCAUAUUAUCCGGAUUUCAAGCCUCCAACAUCUCCCACUCCUUCUCAGCCCUAGAGUUUCACUUGUUUUUAUCUUCAACAGAAUGUUCCAAACAAAACUACUCUUUUCCCAGACAUUUCAAGCCCAAGGGAUGAUGAGCCUUCGCACGAAGAAGUCUUAGGCAUGCUGCAAAACAUCAUAGGUUGAGGAAUUAAAUCUGUCACAGUUUGUAUAAUUCACAAUCUCUUUGUGCUUCUCUAUCCACAUUUUGUAAUUGACAGAUGUCUUGUAGAGGUGAAUGUUGUAUUAGUCAUGUUGGGAUUUAGCAUGACACCGCAUCUUCCAGUUUUGAGUAAUUUAUACAUGCAGGCAUGCGUGUGUUCUGGUUUAGAGUUUGUGACAGAAUUAUGCCAGACAUUCUCGAGAUUUCAAAAUAUCUAUUUGGUUGGCAUGUUA